AUGACCAACCAUCUCUACAAUGAUGUGUUAAACUAUGCACAGUUCCCUGAACCUUACAACAACACAGGCCCAAAAGGAUGCAAGUUGUGCAGUCAAGUUUUCACUACCACUCAGGCCCUCCUAAACCAUCUUGAAUCUCACAUGGCACAAGAAGAAGUUGCAAUUAGAAGACUUUACUCCUCAUCACAACAUGUCAAUUCUCAAAAGCAAUUGGGUUCAAGUCAAUUCCCACCACAACUUACUGUGGGUGAUGGUAGGAUCUUCCAACCACAACCACAACCUGGUAUUAUGCAGAUGCCUCAGCCAUUUAUCAGAAACCCAUUUUUCAAUGUUAGCCAAAUUGGUUCAUCCUCAUUACCAGCUAGGAAAAUGCAAGUUCCACCACCAAAGGUUUUUCCUUGUGAUGUAAGUACUAAUGAUGAUGGGUCUAAGGCAUAUAUCUUGAAGCUGGAGAAACCCAUAAAGAAGAUCGAUUUCAUUGAUCUGGUGAAUGUAGAUGAUGACAACAACUCAAACGUGGAAGAGGUAGAUUUGGAUCUAAAGCUCUAG